CAUUUUUGAGAUAACUGUUAUGUACAUAAAUCGUACUGGUAUAUAACCAGUAGAGUUCAAAGUUUCAUUGAUAAUUACCAAUAAACAUUUUAUAAAAAUCGACAUUUAUUUGGUUGACUUUUAUGUAAUAAUAAACUUUUAGUUUUAACUUCAGUAAAUAAUUUGAGAAACAUGAGUUUAGUUGCCAACACAGGGAAGCUAGCGGGUCGUACCCUGUUUAUAACCGGUGCCUCUCGUGGAAUCGGCAAGGCUAUUGCUCUGAAAGCCGCCAAGGAUGGAGCGAACGUGGUUGUAGCCGCCAAAACAGCGGAGCCUCAUCCAAAGCUCCCGGGAACUAUAUAUACAGCUGCCGAAGAAAUUGAAGCUCUCGGUGGAAAAGCUCUCCCGUGUAUAGUUGAUGUCCGGGAUGAGAAACAGGUUCAGAAUGCCAUUGAUGAAGCUGUCAAAAAGUUCAACGGUAUAGACAUUCUGGUGAACAACGCGUCGGCGAUCUCGCUGACGGGCACCGCGGAGACCGACAUGAAGAGAUACGACCUCAUGCACAAUAUCAACACGAGGGGGACUUUCCUUGCGUCAAAACUGUGUCUGCCCCUGUUGAAGAACAGCGACCAUGCACACAUUUUGAACUUGUCCCCUCCACUCAACAUGAGCCCAUACUGGUUCUCGAUCCACGUGGCGUACACGAUGGCGAAGUACGGCAUGUCCAUGUGCGUGCUCGGCAUGAGCGAGGAGUUCCGCCCCUACAACAUCGCCGUCAACGCGCUUUGGCCUCGUACUGCGAUCGCGACGGCGGCCAUCGAGAUGCUGACGGGCGACACGUCCACCAGCCGCAAGCCCGACAUCGUGUCCGACGCCGCCUACGCCAUGCUCUGCAAGGACCCGCGCACGUACACGGGCAACUUCGCGAUCGACGAGGACGUGGUGCGCGCCGCCGGCGUCGCCGACCUCAAGCCCUACGCCUGUGACCCGGCCAACGCAGACCGGCUGCUGCUGGACGGCUUCCUGGAUGAGGAGGAGGCUCGGCUGCACCACUCCAGCACGGUGACGGCGUCGCACCGACGCGCAUACCACACCUCCGCUACCAACUAUAAGCAGGCGGAACAGGGAGGUGGCCAGAUCCCAGCCCUGUUCGAAGCUAUCAGCAAAACAAUAUCAGCCGACUUGGUGAAGAAGACACAAGCUGUCUAUCAGUUUAAUGUUAAAGGCAAGGAGGAGGGCGUGUGGCACCUCGACCUGAAGAACGGCGCGGGCGCGUGCGGCGCCGGCGAGCCGCCCGCCGCGCCCGACGCCACGCUCACCAUGGACGCCAACCACUUCGCCGACAUGUUCGCCGGUAAAUUGAAACCCACAACAGCAUUCAUGAUGGGCAAACUGAAGAUCAGCGGAGACCUGCAGAAAGCCAUGAAGUUAGAGAAAAUGAUGAAAUCUCUCAAAAACAAAAUGUAAACUAAACUAGUUAUAGUUCUCACUUGUUUAUGGAAUCAGUCAAUUUUAAACAAAGUUGUAUAUGUAUAGAAUGGAAAUAUAUUUAUUUUUUAAUAAAGUUAAGCUUUAUCCUUUUUAUGAAGCCAGUAUUCACUGAAUUUCUUAUAAAACUGUGUAAUAAAUG